AUUGUUAGAAUUUGCUGCCAAUGACACCUAUAUUAUUAUUCUGUUUUAAGAAUUCUCAAUCAAAAUUGACAUAGUCCCUAAUCUUUCAACAAGCCAUUUCGGGCCCAAUUUAAAUUCAAGGUGCAACCAUCACAAAGAAAUUAAACUGGUCCCUUAAUUGGCAUUAUUGUACAUUAGUGAAAUCAAAAACAUGAGAGGAAAGCCAACUUCAGCAAAGACCAUUUUGUUCCUAUGCAUUGCAUGCUUUCUUGCUGGAACACUCUUCACUGGCCAGAUGUGGACAAGUCCCUCCUCCAACCAUGAAAGUGCAGUCCUACUAGCCAGACAUGAUGUUAAUCACAAACGAAAGGUGAUUGAAGGUGAAUCGGGUGAUGUAAUGGAGGAAGUCACAAAGGCUCAUCAAGCUAUCAAGUCUUUGGAUAAGGCAAUUUCAACGUUGGGAAUGGAAUUGACGGCAUCUAAGACAAGCCAAAUUACUGGUGGGCAGCCCUUGAAACAACAUGCUGCUUCAAAUCAUAGUAUACAGAAAGCAUUUGUGGUGAUUGGUAUUAACACAGCUUUUAGUAGUAAAAGACGAAGAGAUUCCAUACGUGAAACAUGGUUGCCCAAAGGAAAUAAGCUUAAGGAACUAGAGAAAGAAAAGGGAAUAGUUGUACGGUUCAUGAUUGGACAUAGCACGACAAAAGGAAGCAUUCUUGAUAAAUCAAUUGAUGAAGAAGAUGCAGAACACAAGGACUUCCUAAGGUUAGAUCAUGUUGAGGGCUACCAUGAGUUAUCUUCCAAGACACGACUCUUUUUUUCUACUGUUACUUCCUUGUGGGAUGCUGAUUUCUAUGUCAAAGUUGAUGAUGACAUACAUGUAAAUCUUGGUAUGCUUGCGAGUACACUUGCCAAGUACAGAUCAAGGCCCAGGGUUUACAUUGGUUGCAUGAAGUCUGGCCCAGUUUUAUAUCAAAAAGGGGUAAAGUAUCAUGAGGCUGAGUACUGGAAGUUUGGAGAAGAAGGGAACAAGUAUUUCAGACAUGCCACAGGACAACUAUAUGCUAUCUCUAGGGAUCUUGCAGACUAUAUAUCUAUCAAUUGGCCCAUAUUACAUAGAUACGCAAAUGAAGACGUAUCACUUGGAGCAUGGUUAUUGGGCUUAGAAGUUGAACAUAUUGAUGAACGCUCCAUGUGUUGCGGUACACCUCCAGGUGUGUUGUUUUUUGAAGCAGAUUGUGAGUGGAAGGCAAAGGCAGGAAAUGUGUGUGUGGCUUCUUAUGAUUGGAAAUGCAGUGGUAUUUGCAAGUCUGUCGAGAGAAUGAAAGAUAUUCACAAAGCUUGCGGGGAGGGAGAUGGAGCUGUUUGGAACGUCCAAAUCUAAAUCACAAGUUGUUAAUUACAUCUGGGAGACCCAAAAAAAGAAAACAAAUUUUUAUUACUUCUGCAUGAACAGCCAUUGAAUACAUCUUCAUUUUAGUAUUUUUAGAGCAAAAUUGUCACCUUAAGACAGUUUUUAUGGUAUCCCAUCAUUUUGUUUGUUUGACUUGUUUUUCCAAAAUAGUUAAUCUCCCUUGCUAUAUUUUUCAA